AACGCCGUCAACGCAACGACUACCAGCGCGCUCCGCCACCUAUCCACCAACCAACGUCGAACGGUCCUAUACGCGUUUAUGCCGUACAACGCGAACUUCCCCGCUCCUCUUCGACGGUCCACCGACCGCUUCUUCGUUCGUCCCUUGUAAACAACGAAAAAUUCCCCCUUGCCCCACUCCUCCCAAUCAUCGUUUGCUGCUGCCGGGUGUGUGCGUAUGUGUGUGUGUUCGCGUUGCCGUCGAGGUUUCCGAAUCCCGAGUCCGCAGACCGAAUAACAUGACAAAAAUGGCCGACGGCGUGGAUAUCGAUCUGUACGCCGACGAUUUGGAACAAGACUUUGCUCAGGAGGAUUUUGCUGGCAAUGAUAAUGUAGAUUUAUAUGAUGAUGUCAUAUCAGGGACUAAUGAUAAUGCUCAGACAAGACAACCAGUUGAUAGACCUCCUAGUGCAAAUAAUCAAAAUAGCACUCCUUUAGUGACCAAUGGCUCAUCCUCUAAUAAUUCUACUAGUAAUAAUGCUACUACUGGACGUCGAUAUCAAUUAUAUAUUGGUAACUUAACUUGGUGGACAACUGAUCAAGAUAUAACUGAUAGUGUUACAAGCAUAGGAGUAUCAGAUUUUAUUGAAGUAAAAUUUUUUGAAAAUCGAGGAAAUGGUCAAUCAAAAGGUUUUUGUGUCGUUACAUUGGGUUCAGAACAUAGUUUACGACUGGUUAUGGAUAGAUUACCAAAAAAAGAACUUCAUGGACAGUCGCCUGUUGUUACAUUUCCAACAAAACAAGCCCUUUUACAAUUUGAAUCACAAUCUAAAACUCGACCAUUGCCUCCACCGAAUAAUCAGAAUAUGCCUUCAAUGGGAGGCAUGUCAAGAACUCCUGGCCAAGUUAUGCAGCAGCCUAUGCGGGGUGGUCCUAUGAUGUCACAACAACCUAUGAUGCAACAACAAGGUAUGAGAAACAGAAUGCCAAUGCAAGGUAUGCAACAACCUCAAGGUAUGCAGCCACCUAUGGGUAUGACUAAUGGACAUAGAAUGCCAUUACAACCAGGUGGUCCUAUGGGACCCCAUCAACAAGGCCCUCCUCCACCAGGUUACCAAAACCAGUGGAAUGGACCUAAUCAACAAAUGGGUCCACCUCGACCAGGAAUGCAACCCCAAGGGCCUGUGGGCCAACCUAGAGGACCACCUCCAGGAAUGUACCCUCCUGGUCAAGGUCCACCACGAAUGGGCCCACCUCAAGGCCCUCAAGGUCCACCAGGACCUGGUGGUCCGCGUGGAGAUUGGAAUCGUCCUCCUGGAAUGGCACCCCAUCAAAUGGCUCCUCCUGGAUCUGGUUUUGCACCACAUCAACAAGGUCCACCAAUGCAAGGUCCUCCACCUGGUCAGGGUCCAGUUCAAAUGAUGCCUGGUGGUCCUGGUCAAGCACCAGCACCUCAUGUUAAUCCUGCAUUCUUCCAGCAGCCAAGUGGUGCACCACAGGGACCUCCUGGUCAUCCAGGUUAUGGUCCUCCUAAUGGUGCUUCUUCUAGACCUUAUAUGAGUAAUGAAAUGGGAAUGUCUGAACAAGAAUUGGAAGAAAUUAUGAGUAGGAACAGGACUGUAUCAAGUUCUGCUAUAGCUCGUGCUGUUGCUGAUGCUGCUGCUGGUGAAUUCUCAAAUGCUAUUGAAACUUUAGUUACAGCAAUAUCAUUAAUUAAGCAAUCUAAGGUGGCUAGUGAUGAACGUUGUAAAAUAUUAGUGAGUUCUUUACACGACACAUUACAUGGAAUUGAAACCAAGAGUUACAGUUCAAGAAGAGAGAGGUCCAGAUCACCCCGGGAUAGAUUGCAUAGAAGAUCAAGACGUGAGCGCACUCGUUCUCGUGAACGUGAUUAUAGAGACAGAAGUCGUGAACGUGAUCGUGACAGGGAACGGGAUCGCGACAAAUAUGUUAACAGGUACGUUGAUCGUUAUUAUACAUCAGAACGAGACGGUGACAGAGAUAGGGAAAGAGAAAGGGAUCGCGAAUACAGAGAGAGAAGUCGUGAAGACAGUUUAUUGUUUAACAGUUCUGUAAAAGCAAGCGGCCGAAAUAGGAAAAUCACCCCGCCCGAUGUAACCGAGUCUGUUCCUGUAUCCUCUAAAUCCAGGUAUUAUGAUGAUCGUUAUCGAGAGCGUGAACGUGACAGAGAUAGAGAACGUGAUCGGGAACGUGAACGUGAACCGACUUCUAGCAGGAGAGCAGUUGAUGCAGACAGAGAUAUUGAACGUGACAGAGAUCGCAGGGAAGACAGAGCUGAAUCAUCGCAUCGUAGUUCUAGACAUUAAUACAUCUAUGGCGCCGCUGAUCCAUCCAUUUAUAUUAUAUUAUAAAUACAAGUUUGCGCAAGACUGUAUCUUUGAAAUUUAUGUAUCCAUUUGUAGAUUG